UGCCAGUCCAGCCGGCCACAUUUUAAAUUAAGAAUUGAGGUUAAGCUUUAGCAGGACUUUAAUUUGAAAGUUAUAUCUACAAAGAAUGCAUGGCUUUUAACAAACUCUUCCUAAAUUAUCCUAUUACAACAGCCACAAAUAUUUGGAAAGGGUUCUAUAGAAUGGCAUCAGAAAGUAAAAGCCCUCGACUUGUCCAAACGAUUGGCACUCACAGCGGCAUCUUUCACUGUGACGAAGCCCUCGCAUGCUUUAUGUUAAAGCAACUACCUGAAUAUAAGGAUGCCGAAAUUGUUAGAACAAGAGAUCAAUCGGUUUUAGAUACUUGUGAUAUCGUUGUUGAUGUUGGUGGUACUUAUAAUCCUAAAACAAAUCGCUUCGAUCAUCAUCAACGGAGCUUCACUGAAACAUUAUCAACUGUCCGACCAGAUCUUGCAAAGGAUAAGAAAAUUAAAUUGAGCUCUGCAGGUUUAAUUUAUGCUCACUUUGGAAUGCAGGUCUUAUCUGAAGUAUUGAUUCAAAAUAAAUGUGAUGUUUCUACCACAAAACUCUCUGCAGUCUAUCUACAUGUGUACGAUAAGUUUAUAGAAGAAAUUGAUGCCAUUGACAAUGGAGAACCUAUUUGUGCAGAUGGCCAACAGUUGUAUCAUAUUAAUAGUCAUGUGAGUGAACGUGUAAAAAAAAUAAAUCCUCAAUGGAAUUCCAAAGAGACCGCCUCGCCCGAUAAAUUGUUUCAACGUGCAAUGGAACUUGUAGGUGGGGAAUUUGUAGAGAUUGUUCUAGAGGCAGGUACAGUGUGGUGGCCAGGCCGAGAAAUUGUCUUGGACGGUAUAGAAAAUCGAAAUAAUCUACACGCUUCUGGACAGAUCAUCGAAUUAAGUGAAAGAUGUCCUUGGGUGGAACACUUAUUUGGUUUGGAAAACGAAUUAGGCAUACCUGGACUCGUUAAAUUUGUAUUAUUCCAAGAUCGUGAUGGUUCCUGUAGAGUUCAGUCGGUACCAAUAGUUCCGGGAAGCUUUAUUUGCAGAAAUUUUCUACAUGAAGAUUGGAGGGGUCAUAAGGACGAUGAAUUAUGCGAGAUUAGUGGUAUCAAUGGAAUUACAUUUUGCCACCAUACCGGGUUUAUUGGUGGAAAUAAAACAAAAGAAGGUGCGUUGGAAAUGGCAAUCAAAAGUUUACAUUCGUCUGUGUAAUUUGUACUUAAUUGUUUUACAGUCUUCUAGUAUAAUACUAAUGUUCUUUUUAGUAGAUAAAACAUUUAAUUUAUUUUGUACUUCAUUUUUAAUGUAAUAAAACAAUAACUAUUACUAAUAAAAUAAGUAAAUAAUGAA